AUAGAAACUGAACAAGAAAUAAUCAACGAAUCCACAAACGCGAUUUCGAGAGAAUCCGAAGAAUACACCACUGAAGAAGAAGAACUAAUAAAUGAAAAUGAUGGCCAGGAAGAAAUCGAAAUAGAAAAUAACGAACUCAGGUCAGAGAUACUAAAGAUUUUGAAAAGCCAGAAGAAUGAUGAAAGCCUCAUCGCGAACCUCCAAGAAAUGCUGAAGAACAGCGGAGCAGCGAGAGAGAAAAACAUCGCUAAAGAGAAACCCAAAGAACAAAAAACUGUGAGUGAUAUGACUACAGAGAAAGUCGUUACGAAAAAGAAAAGAUGUGAUCCCGCGCGAAAUUUUGAAUGGCAGCCAUCUUGGUUUCAACAAGCCUCCAAAGUGAGCGAAGCAGAGCCAAUCAAAAUGCUCAGUUCAAAAUUUCUGGCGCGAAAAACGUUAUCAGACAACGAAAGUGAAAAGGAGGAUUCAAACUCUUCGGAAGAGCCAGAAUCAGAAAAUGAAAACGAUUUAACGAAAUCACAAGUAAAGUCAGCAAUGAAGACGCUUUUUGCCGCAUUCGGGCCAAAAUUAAAAAUUUCCAAAGCGCCAACGAAGAAGCAAGCAGACAAGCCGAUACUUCAAGACCUGCACGCUCCCAUCCUGACUUCGAGAACAACGACGCCCGAGCCCAGAGAGCCGUGUCGAUUCCGACCUACACCGCAGACCGAAACAAUCACAUAA